AUGGCCGAAACUAUAAAAAAUAAAAAGGAAAUUAUUAGAUGUUCGAUUAACCUUAUAUGGGAAGCUACUAAUGGAGGAGUUAGGAAAAUUGUUUUCAAUGACGCAUCGCGCUCAGCAACCAUUUUCUUAACUGAUGGCACUAAGGAUAUUGAAAAUUUGGACGCAACUGGAGUGGUUCUAAUUUCUGAAGAGAUUUAUCAGAAAAUAAUCAAUGAUCUAGCUAAUACCAUUGAAGAUAUAAUCGAUAUUAAAAUAUUUUAUCACAGUAAUAGACUAUUGGAAGUUGAUGAGUUAACGUUUGAUACUCAAACAAAUGAAAACGAUACAUUGAAUUUGGAAGAUGACCAAUGGACUAAAGGUAGUCAUAUGAAUGAUUAUUUUAAAAUCUCGAAAAGAAAUGAGAAAAAUAAACAAACUGAAAAUAUCAGAGAAACGGAUGAAUCUAUGCCCAAUGACCAGCAAUCAAUCAAUAUUACCUCCAGAAUGCUUGAACAAACGACCCUAGCAAACAAUAGUACACAAGCCGAUGACAAUGGAUCUAUUCAAGAUAAUAAUAAUGAAGAAGACUUGGAUGUAAGUGAUGACGAUUCACCAGGAUGGUCAGAAUGUGAAGAGUGCUAUGGAAAUAAAAAGGAAUUAUGUGAACAUUGUGGUUGUUCU